CAGAGGGGUUCUGUCUCCUUGACUCUCUGUUUCUGUACAUCAAUUUCAAUUUUGUUCAACCCAAAAUGAGUCAGUAUAAGCAGUUUAGUGUUCGAUCAGUUGCAACUUCAGGCAAGCCUGGCUUCAGUUCAUUUUCUGUGGCUAAGAGUGGUGGAGGAUUUGGAAGUGCUUCAGGAGGAGGUAGCUUUGGUAGCAGAAGUCUUUAUAAUCUAGGGUCAAGGAAGGUCAGUUCUGUUAGCUCUGCAAGUGGAGGUGGCUAUGGAAGUGCAGCAGGUGGUUUUGGUGGAAGAGUAAGUGGUUUUGGUGGUGGAGUAGGUGGGGGAGGCUAUGGAGGAGCUGGUGGUGCCUUUGGAGGAGCUGGUGGUGCAUUUGGAGGAGCUGGCGGUGGUGGCUUUGGAGGAGCUGGAUUUGGAGGUUUUGGAGGUGCUGGCUUUCCUGGUGGACCAUCAGCUGGUAUACAAGAAGUUACAAUCAACCAAAGUCUCUUGGCACCACUGAACCUGGAAAUUGAUCCAAACAUUCAGAGAGUUCGAGUGGAGGAGAGAGAACAAAUUAAAACUCUGAACAACAAAUUUGCUUCUUUUAUUGACAAGGUCCGGUUCCUUGAACAACAGAAUAAGGUGCUUGAAACUAAAUGGACCUUAUUGCAAGAACAAGGAGGCCAAGUGAAAGGGUCAAGAAAAAGCAACACUGAGCCUAUUUUCGAUGCCUAUGUCAACAACCUCAAGAGGCAACUGGAUGCUUUGCAAAAUGAUAAACUAAGGCUUGACGGGGAGUUAAGAAAUAUGCAAGACUUGGUCGAUGACUUCAAAAAUAAAUACGAAGAUGAAAUUAACAAGAGAACAUCAGCAGAAAAUGAGUUUGUUGUUAUUAAGAAGGAUGUGGAUGCUUCUUACAUGGGCAAGGUGGAACUGGAAGCCAAAGUAGAUGCUCUGACAGAUGAACUCAACUUCCUGAGGACCUUCUUUGAAGCUGAACUGGGUGAGUUGCAGGCUCAGAACUCUGACACCUCUGUUGUCCUGUCCAUGGACAAUAACCGAGCUUUGGAUCUGGAAAGCAUCAUCACUGAGGUGAAGGCUCAGUAUGAAGACAUAGCAAAGAAGAGCAGAGCUGAAGCUGAAUCUGUUUACCAGGACAAGGUUCAAGCAUUGCAAGCAUCUGCAGGCGAACAAGGAGAUGUUCUGCGCAAUACAAAGAAUGAGAUCUCAGAGCUCAAUCGUACAGCCCAGAGACUGAAAGCUGAAAUUGGAAAUGUGAAGAAACAGAUCGCCAAGCUGCAGGCAUCUAUUACUGAAGCAGAGGAGCGAGGGGAUCUUGUUCUGAAAGAUGCUCAAACCAAACUCGCUGAGCUGGAGGUUGCUCUGCAGAAGGCCAAGCAGGACAUGGCUCUCCAGUUGAGGGAAUACCAGGAACUGAUGAAUGUGAAACUGGCCCUGGAUGUUGAAAUUGCUACUUACAGGAAACUGCUGGAAGGGGAAGAGAGCAGGAUUAAUUCAGAUGUCAAUAAUUUCAGCAUCUCUGUCAUCAGCUCUGGAGGCAAAAGUUCCCUAGGAGGAGGAGGAGGAGGUGGAUCUGGAGCAGGCUUCGGCUUUGGAAGUGGUGGUGGAGGCUUUGGUGGAAGUGGUGGUGGAGCCUUCAGUGGAAGUGGUGGUGGAGCCUUUGGUGGAAGUGGUGGCAGUGCCUUUGGUGGCAGUGGCCUUUCCUUUGGCUCAGGAGGUGGCGGAUUCAGCUCCUCAAGCUCCUCAUUUGGUGGUGGCGUCAGCAGCGGUGUGAGAUUUUCUUCCAGCAAGUCCAGCUACAGGAGUUAAUCAAGUCAUGAAAUGAGGCAAAUAUCAGUGCCCAGAACACAAUAAUUCAUUGCCUGUUAAUACAGAUACUGCGCUUUCAGUUGCUGUAAACAUUCUGUUCUGCAGAUCCCAUCCUCAUGACUUUCUCUUUAAAGCAAACACAUGUUUCCACUAAGGCUUUUCCGCAAUAAGGUGCUGUCAUUCCAUACUUGUCUCUCAAGCAUUGUCUGUGCAGGAGAAAAAAGGAUUUAAAAUUUUUGACAAAAUGGUAAAAAAUAAACAUAAUAAAAAUAAUACAAUGCAAUGCACAUCCUUGUUACAAUGCCUCCCAAUUGUAAUCCUAAUUGCAAAUUUGGGGUUAUUCUCAUAUGUGGCAAUCCUGCCCCAUUUCUGCUUCAUAAAGGUAAAACGAUCGACGCAGGUCCCUGCAGUGGCACAAACAGAAGCAAACAUGAGCAAUCAUUGUUAAGCAUUUGACACCUUUUUUCCACCUCGAUUUGUAAAUUCCACCCACUAGGGGGAUAAUGUUAUGUUUCUGUAAAUGUGCACUGAGCUUAAGCAUUGUGGCACAAAUAAACAUAAUCCUGCUGCAAUAUAAA